ACCUGAGUCGUAAGAGAACAUGCGGCAGGCAGAGAGCAGCAAGCCGAUGCAUUUCUGCAGUUUGAAUAAUGCUGGAUGGAAGCCCUUUUUAAGCCUAAGCAGUUUCUAUUCAGAUCAAAGAAUCGAUGAAAUGCCUCUAUUAUAAUCCUGAAAUACGUGAAGCAGAGGCAGAGGUAAUAUGAUCCUUCCUAUGUCAGAAGCCCAUUGUUGUAGCAUUUCAUAUCUCAAUAUUCAGUGUUACUAUAAAGACAGCUGAAAGGGACAUGCUAAUGGGACUGAGACUAGAAUUCACAUACCAGGAUGGGCAACAAACAGACCAUAUUCACACCAGAACAGCUAGAUGCAUACCAGGAUUGCACCUUCUUCACAAGAAAGGAAAUACUAAGGUUGUUCCACCGGUACCGUGACUUGGCUCCGCAGUUAGUACCACCUGACUAUACCAACAAACCAAACGUCAAGUUGCCGUAUGAGUUAAUUGCCAGUAUGCCAGAACUGAAGUGUAAUCCCUUUCGCCAAAGAAUAGCAGAGGUUUUCUCAGAGGACGGAGAAGGGAACUUGACACUAGAUGAUUUUUUAGAUAUGUUCUCUGUCAUGAGUGAAAUGGCUCCAAGAGACCUCAAAGCUUACUAUGCUUUUAAAAUUUAUGAUUUUAAUAAUGAUGAUUACAUAUGCAAGUCAGAUCUGCAAAAAACACUGAACAAACUGACUCGAAAUGAACUUACUCCAGAAGAGGUUCGCCUUGUGUGCGAGAAGGUCAUUGAUGAAGCUGAUCUGGACAAUGACGGAAAGUUGUCUCUGGAGGAUUUUCAGCACAUGAUAAUUCGUGCCCCAGAUUUUCUCAGCACGUUCCACAUUCGAAUUUGAAUACUGUUUGGAUAGACUGCAAAUAUGUACGCAUUACUCGAAAUACGUACGGGUUACUCCAAAUAUGUAUACGUUAAGGCUUUAUUGGAACACUUGUCUCACAAUGGCUGCCUUUGAAUGAACUGCUGGAAUGACACCAUGGAUGUCCAAUGAUAUGCAAGCAAAUUCUAACAGCAAAACACAGAUAUUCCUUACUAAAAAUGAUGCUGUAAUGCUGAUCAGACUGUGGUCUUUAGAUUACAUACACCUGGGCUUUACAUUUAUCAGUAACCCACCAGUGAUGACAUACCUUGAAGACAGUCCUAUUGCAAUUCAGUCUGUUUUUUUUUUUUUUUAGUGCUUCAUAAAAUAUCACUUUGUUACCUAGUACCCAAAUCAAAACAUGAAUAAUAUCAUUACUAAUUUUCAUUAUAUUAUGCUACUGUCUUUACACAAACCCAACAAAAAAAAUUACAUUUUGAAUUAUAAUUCUAUAUCAUAAAAUAAUGGCUUCCUUUUCCUUACACCAGAUAAUAAAAUAUAAAAAGAUUUCAUUUUAUAAUUUAACAAUCCCUAAAGUAUCUUUCUCUCUCUCUCGCUCUCUCACUUACUGUAUAAUGUUCUGUAAAAUAUUGCUUCCUGUGUGCUGCUUUCUUAUACUGGUCCAUACAUUGCAAUAAUGUCUUUGUCACUAAAUAUGAAGCAGGAGGCAUGUUUUUAUAUUACAACACAAUACACUUAUAACUUUAGGUUAGCCCAUAAAACAUUAUUGUCUCUCUUAAUUUAUGCCAUUCUAAAACUAGCAUCUCAGUUCUGAACUAGUCAUAAAAAUAUUGACUUCUUCAUUGCAGAAAUAUGGAAAAGUCAAACAUUAGUGUGUGUAUGUGUGUCGUGUAUGCAUGCAGGUGUCACUACAUUUGAAUCACGCACUGGCACUGGCCCUGUAACUUAAUGGCUUUGUUUUGUUGUAAAGAUUUUGGCAUUCUAUAUCUAUUUUCUAGAACAUGGUAUUAUUCUAUUUCACAGCAUCUGGUGCUUUCUCUUAUUUAUGUACUUACUUAAUAGUAAUUUAUGACCACAGUGUUAUGCAGUAACUAUCUCGUAGUUUUGUUCCAUGGUACUACAAAAAUGGAAGAGGAUCUGCGAUUUUAAAACAUAGCUGACAUAUUGCCCUGUAUAUUGUAUGUACUUUACUCAUUAGUCUAAUUCAAAAUAUAUUUACUGAGUUUACCAACUAGUAAAUUCAAAGAAUCAUUUUUUUGUUUUGAGAAGUGAUCUAAGUAAUAAGACAGAUUUGCAUAGUAUAGCAUACAGUACAUAAUUAAGUCAAGAAUCCUGUUCGGUUAUAUAUUUACUUGCGUAUACAUAUUAUGUAAGCACAAUCUGAAAGACUUAAUGAGUGUCUUUUUAAAACAGUCUUUAUAUCUGACUUUAGAAAUUUUGGAUUUGAUAUAAACUGGUUAUUCAUUUUAGAAAUGGGGGGUAAGCACAUAGAAGAGCUUUUUGUCUUUGUUGGCAGUUCAAACCAUUAUAGUAAACAAAACCGUCUCAAGAGAUGAAGAGGGCACGAUAAGAUGACACUACAAGUUAUGGACAAAAUAUUCUGGCGCCUGAAUCUGUAAAUUCUUUGACACGUACUCAAAGGAUAGAAGACAUACACUUUGAAUGACACACCUGCUACUGAUUUGUAUAGAAGUAGAAUCAUUUGUUGAAUUGAUAAUAAUAAACAGUGGUCUGAAAUAUAUUGGAGUGGAUUGGGCAGUUCCGUAAAUGUGGAGAAUUUGAGAAUUGUAACAAGCGACAAUGAAUGAUACGGGUCUGGUGCCAGACACACCAUUCAUUUAACCUCACCUGGCGAUUAAGACGGGUUAUACUAGUCGUAGGACCCCUAAAUAUAUCUGUUUAAGAUACAGAUGUACAUAUUGGAAGGGGCAUGGGACAAACUGACUACCAGGGAUAACGGUCAUCUGUGAUGAAGAAGAUAUGACCUUGGAGGAGGAACAAAUAGGUUUGGUGGGAGGUGCCACUGGGGUUUAGGUAUAAAACUAUUAUCCAUAAUGGUGGUUUUACUUAAAUUUAUAUUCAGUAGACAGUGUUGGUUAAAUUAUAACUCAUUGUAUAACAAUUUUAAAAACUGUACUAAGGUCACUUUAUUCAUUCUACUCCAUAGGGUCAUAGAUUAGUACUAGGCUAUUUUAAGCCUAGCCAAUUACCCCAUGUGAGAAUCAAACCCUGGGCCUUUUGUUUACAAGGUAAACACCUUAACCUCUAUGCCAACCUCCAGCUCAUAAAUAAUAAAUGUCCUUGGCCUAGCUAAACUAAUACAUUAUGUACAAAACUGGUAAGUCGCAUUAUACAUGCAGAUACUUUUGGAGCAGCUGCUUCAUGAACAUGUAAUGAUUCAGAUUUCUAUCGAUAAUUUUAAGUGAGCACAUUCGCUGCCAUUUUGAUACCAUAGAAAAACUUUCAUAGUCCUGUGUUGUGCAAAAAAUAUUUUGUUUUGACAAGGAGACAAAUGCAUAGAAUCAGAAAACUAAUGAUGCGUCUUCAUUGAUAAAUCAUGCAUUGAAAGGGCAUAUUUGGAAUGUAAAUGCACAAGUAAGCACACUUAUUUUCUUGUAUGUUACAAAAUCCACAUUAGGUAUUUGACAACAUGUAUAACAUAGUUCAAUAAUAUAUAUUUUAUAUAAGCCAUGACAAAAUGCUAAGCAUGCACAGUUUAUUACAUUUUAUUUAUAUACCAAAAGGCUUUCACAUUUUAAUAUCUAAAAAUUAUACAAUACAAACUAACCACACCAAAUUAACUUAGAGUUGAAAGUAUGACUCUAGAACUAAUGUUUUAAACCCUACUUAAACAUUUUCCUUUAAUGUGAGCAGUCAUGGAUUAGAACCAUAAGUAGUAAUAAAAUCAGUGGCAUUUUCUAAUAAAGGCAUGUAUUAUAAUGAAUAUGGUUACAUCACACAAAUGCAUUUUUGGACUGAUUUUUUUUAUUGCAUGCAUUUCACAGCUAAAAAAAAAAAUGACCCAAAAUAUCAAAACCUCUUUUCAACUUAUCUGACUGUUAUUGGUUGCUUUACCAAUAAAAAAAAUUAUUGGCAGUUUAACUAAAGUGUUUGUAUAGUGUAAAGUCUGCAUGGCCAGGUACUGUGAUUGGAAGUGACUACUAGCCGUAAUAACGUUAGUGGCUACUGAUGGGCUAGCAAUGGAUGAUCCUCCUUUCCUAUCUUGGUGGAGGCCAAAGGUCAGAAUAAGUGUUUAACCUCAUAUUGUAGAGACUGAGAGGAGGCCUUGAACUAAUGCUGACUGCAUGACGUGUACAGAUGUUUUAUGUGCUAGGAUGUAUGCAGUUGUGCUCCAGUGGCAUCCUUGCAGAGCUUUUGGGUUCUUAGAAGAGGAUAUUAAUGGGUGCUGAACACCAUGUUGUUAACCGCUGAACGGUCCUCACAGUAGGACAGGACAAACUAAGGGCUAUCAGAGGUCUGAAAAUACAUGACCAAUCAAAAUGCAUACUACUAAUGUGUUGUCAAUGCAGAUAGCAGCUAAAUCAGAAUUAUAUGCCUACUGCACUAUUUAUAAUUUAUUUAAAAUAUGACUUUUUUCUGUAGUGCUUCUAUGUACAUAUAUUUUUUCAUUUAAUGAAGGAUAAGCAAUUACAAGUGUGUGUUUUGGCAUUGCAGAUUUGUACUGAGGUUGUAUAGCAUUCAGUAAACUCAGUUUUUUUUUUUUUUUUUGAUUGUAGCCACACAAAAUUCUAAUGCUGUUAAAGUCAGCAUGCACGCUGAUUGAGAGUAUGUCAGGGAUUGAUAUGUCACGAAAUGAAGGAUAUCAAACAAUUAAACAAGAGUGGAUAUUAAAACAAACAUAAUUAACACAUAUCUUAGUUCAGUUUUAUAUUUUGCUUUAUUUUAUGCCUCGUUUCUCUUUUGCUCCAAUUAUUCAAAUGUGAAGUUUUAUUUUGCUUGUAAAAAUAUUGAGUACAAGGAAAUAGUAUCUUACAGUGUUAAUGAGUUAAAACUCAAUACAAUAAACUCAGUUUCCCAGAAAAUAUGAUGUUUGUAGUGUUUGCAUUUAAUAUUUAUUAAAUUAUGAUUCUUUGUAGCUGAUUAAUAGUUUCAAUAAUAAUAAUUGUUUUAUUGCUGUUUGUAAUAUAAACUGAAAAGGUAUGCAUUUGACUGCACAC